GCGCGGGGCGGAGGAGGCCGGCGCGGGUGGGAGCCACGCCGGUGCUCGCGGCCUUGCCGUCCUGCAGCCGCCUGCGGUCCGGGGAAGUGGUUUCGUUUUUAGCGUACGUGCUGCCGAAGCGAGCACAGGAAGUCACUUGUUGACCUCGAUGUUCGGGCCUGAGCAUCUUGUGCAGGUGUCCGUUGCGCGGUCUUCCGACCGGACUUUCAGACUCGAGUGAGCCUCUGCAAAGGCGGUGAGGGAGCGCAGGCCGCGACCCAGUCCUGCGCUGCAGGGCGCGGCUGGCCUUUGCGGUGCGGUGCUGCAACGCAGUAUUGCAAUGCAGCGCUGUUUUAAGUAAUUAGCUAUAGGAAUUGCUGCAUUCGUCCCCUGUCCUUGGACGUCGCACCUACCCCUUUCUGAUCCAGUGGGUGAUUCCAGAAAUGAUUGGCCAUUCCGUUGUCAGCGUCCUGAUGCUUGUCUCCUUGCACUGGUUCAUCUUCCUGCUCAACUUGCCUGUUGCCACUUGGAAUAUAUAUCGGUUCAUUAUGGUGCCAAGUGGCAACAUGGGAGUGUUUGACCCAACCGAAAUACACAAUCGAGGGCAGCUGAAGUCACACAUGAAAGAAGCCAUGAUCAAACUUGGUUUCCACUUGCUCUGUUUCUUCAUGUAUCUUUAUAGUAUGAUAUUAGCUUUGAUAAAUGACUGAAGCUGGAGAAGCUGUGGUUGAAGUCAGCCUACACUACAGUGCACUGAGGAGGAGCCAGAGACUGCUUGAACCACCCUUAGAACCGUGACCAUAGCAGUAUAUAUUUUCAUCUUUGAACAAAAACUAUUUUUGCUGUAUUUUUACCAUAUAAAGUAUU